AUGGAGCUCUGCAUUGCUGCGACGGAUUUUGCCUUAUUAAUUACCUCCGUCCUUCUCGUUGGCGGCCACGGCAAAGUCGCUCCGCUUCUUACCCCACUACUGCUUAAACGUUCAUGGACUGUGUCAAGCCUCAUCCGUACUCAUGAUCAAGUUGCUGCCAUUCAAAGUCUCGAAAUUGACCAGGCCUGGAAGCUCAAUAUUCUUCUCCGCGAUAUUGUGGAAAUCCUACUCCUUAAGCUGGUAGCUGAACUCCUUCACGAGGUGAAACUAGAUUAUAUCGUGUAG